AUGCCAACGCCAACGCCAACACCAACGCCAACCCCAACGCCAGCCCCAACGCCAACACCAACGCCAACGCCAGCCCCAACGCCAACACCAACGCCAACACCAACGCCAACGCCAACACCAACACCAACACCAACGCCAACACCAACCCCAACACCAACGCCAACACCAACGCCAACGCCAACACCAACCCCAACGCGAACGCCAACACCAACACCAACGCCAACGCCAGCCCCAACGCCAACACCAACGCCAACGCCAACACCAACCCCAACACCAACGCCAACACCAACCCCAACGCCAACGCCAACACCAACCCCAACGCCAACGCCAACACCAACGCCAACACCAACCCCAACACCAACGCCAACACCAACCCCAACACCAACGCCAACACCAACGCCAACACCAACACCAACAUCGACCCAACACCAACCCAACGCCAACCCCAACGCCAACACCAACGCCAACCCCAACGCCAACCCCAAAGCCAACGCAAACCCCAACCCCAACACCAGCCCCAACGCCAACACAAAUACCAACCCCAACACCAACGCCAACACCAACGCCAACACCAGCCCCAACGCCAACACCAACCGCAACGCCAACACCAGCCCCAACGGCAACACCAACCCCAACGCCAACGCCAACGCCAACACCAACGCCAACGCCAACCCCAACCCCAACGCCAACCCCAACGCCAACGCAAACCCCAACCCCAACACCAGCCCCAACGCCAACACAAAUACCAACCCCAACACCAACACCAGCCCCAACGCCAACACCAACCGCAACGCCAACACCAGCCCCAACACCAACGCCAACACCAACGCCAACGCCAACACCAACCCCAACGCCAACACCAACACCAACGCCAACACCAACCCCAACGCUAACACCAACCCCAACACCAACACCAGCCCCAACACCAGCCCCAACACCAACGACAACACCAACCCCAACACCAACACCAGCCCCAACGCCAACACCAACCCCAACGCCAACACCAACCCCAACGCCAACACCAGCCCCAACGCCAACGCCAACACCAACCCCAACGCCAACACCAACCCCAACACCAACACCAGCCCCAACACCAGCCCCAACGCCAACACCAACCCCAACGCUAACACCAACCGGCACGGUUUCCUCCGGCCCCAACGCCAACGCCAACACCAGCCCCAACACCAGCCCCAACACCAACACCAGCCCCAACACCAACAUCGACCCAACACCAACCCAACGCCAACACCAACGCCAACACCAACACCAACAUCGACCCAACACCAACACCAACCCCAACGCCAACACCAACCCCAACGGCAACACCCACCCAACGCCAACCCCAACACCAACCCCAACGCCAACCCCAACGCCAACACCAACACCAACCCCAACGCCAACACCAACGCCAACGCCAACUCCAACCCCAACACCAACACCAACACCAACACCAACGCCAACACCAGCCCCAACACCAGCCCCAACACCAACACCAGCCCCAACACCAACACCAACACCAACACCAACGCCAACACCAGCCCCAACACCAACACCAGCCCCAACACCAACACCAACACCAACACCAACACCAGCCCCAACGCCAACACCAACGCCAACGCCAACACCAACCCCAACACCAACACCAGCCCCAACACCAACGCCAACACCAACACCAACACCAGCCCCAACACCAACUCCAACACCAACGCCAACACCAGCCCCAACACCAACACCAGCCCCAACACCAACACCAGCCCCAACACCAACACCAGCCCCAACACCAACACCAACACCAGCCCCAACACCAACGCCAACACCAACACCAGCCCCAACACCAACGCCAACACCAGCCCCAACGCCAACACCAACGCCAACCCCAACGCCAACGCCAGCCCCAACGCCAACCCCAACGCCAACACCAACCCCAACGCCAACACCAACCCCAACGCCAACACCAACCCCAACGCCAACACCAACGCCAACACCAGCCCCAACACCAGCCCCAACGCCAACACCAACGCCAACACCAACCCCAACACCAACGCCAACACCAACGCCAACACCAACCCCAACACCAACGCCAACCCCAACCCCACCGCCAACACCAACGCCAACACCAGCCCCAACGCCAACGCCAACGCCAACGCCAACGCCAACGCCAACCCCAACGCCAACACCAACGCCAACCCCAACGCCAACGCCAACGCAAACCCCAACCCCAACACCAGCCCCAACGCCAACACAAAUACCAACCCCAACACCAACGCCAACACCAGCCCCAACGCCAACACCAACCGCAACGCCAACACCAGCCCCAACGCCAACACCAACGCCAACACUAACGCCAACACCAACGCCAACACCAACGCCAACACCAACCCCAACGCCAACACCAACCCCAACGCCAACACCAAUGCCAACGCCAACCCCAACGCCAACCCCAACGCCAACACCAACGCCAACCCCAACGCCAACCCCAACGCCAACGCAAACCCCAACACCAGCCCCAACGCCAACACAAAUACCAACCCCAACACCAACGCCAACACCAACGCCAACACCAGCCCCAAGGCCAACACCAACCGCAACGCCAACACCAGCCCCAACGCCAACACCAACCCCAACGCCAACGCCAACGCCAACCCCAACGCCAACGCCAACACCAACGCCAACGCCAACCCCAACGCCAACCCCAACGCCAACGCAAACCCCAACCCCAACACCAGCCCCAACGCCAACACAAAUACCAACCCCAACACCAACACCAGCCCCAACGCCAACACCAACCGCAACGCCAACACCAGCCCCAACGCCAACGCCAACACCAACGCCAACACCAACCCCAACGCCAACGCCAACACCAACCCCAACACCAACGCCAACACCAACGCCAACACCAACCCCAACGCCAACCCCAACACCAACACCAACCCCAACGCCAACACCAGCCCCAACACCAACGACAACACCAACCCCAACACCAACACCAGCCCCAACACCAGCCCCAACGCCAACACCAACCCCAACGCCAACACCAACCCCAACGCCAACACCAGCCCCAAUGCCAACGCCAACACCAACCCCAACGCCAACACCAACCCCAACACCAACACCAGCCCCAACACCAGCCCCAACGCCAACACCAACCCCAACGCUAACACCAACCGGCACGGUGGCUGA